AUGCGAGCAUUGUCCAUCCUUUUCGGAUGGGCUCUCUGGGAGCCAGCCCGCACGGAUGUCUUCACGCACAAAGAGAAUAUGGGCUUGCAAGAUGGGCGCCACAACCGGCUCCCAUGUGCCAGUGCACCGCGUAUUACAAGCUGGGAGGAUGCGGAAGUCUUUAAGAUCAACCACGAGCCAUACACGAACACGAAGAAGGUGUUCCUGCGGAAGGGUGAAGUCCCGCCAUUGACCCAAAUCAGCGUGGCCGAUUUUCUGGAAGGGACCUAUUUCGAGGAUCAUGACCACGAGGACAUGUUCGAGAUGUUCUAUGUGCUGUCAGGAGCUGGCUGCUUUGCCACUACCGAGCGGGAUGCCACGUCCGGGCGGUGGAGUCGUUGCUGCUGA